AUGAUGGACAUGGAUAUGGCGGGAGGCGGGACUCCCUGGCUGGAUCAGCCGGUGAUGCUUCACUCGUCUCGUGCCGAUACAUGCAAAUUGACCAAGGCGCAAUGUGCCUAUCGCAACUCCCGUUGGCGCUACUGGUAUGAGGCCGAUCAUGUGUACGGGCUCAAUACCGUGUACUUCAUGUGUGCUGUCAUUGGCGUCUUCGCAAUCUCGCAUUUCCUCGUGCUGUUUGCCCCAGACUGCGUCAAGCGCACGUGGAUAUGGCGCACGACUACUUCUGCCUCGCGAUAUCUGGCCUAUCGCGGGUAUCGCUUCCCGAUGUUGCAGUACUGGUCUCCCUCAUUGGGAGUGCUGGCCUUAGGGCUGGUCGGCGCGGUCUUCUGUUUUGCCAUGACUCUCGGCCCGAAACCUUACUACUGGCCCACCGAUGCUUCCUAUGGCAGCAGUCCACCCAUUGCGACGCGAACUGGCUGGAUGGCGCUGGGAUUGCUGCCCUUUGUGCUGGCUCUGAGCACCAAAGCCAACAUGAUCUCGGCGUUGACUGGAGUCCCCCAUGAAAAGCUCCAGGUGUUCCAUCACUGGACUAGCUAUGCCAUGUUCGUGCUGGCCUUGAUCCACACGUUCCCUUUCAUUGUCUACCACAUCUGGAGUGGAGACAUGGUGAUGGAGUGGAAGACGAGUGUGGUGUACUGGACGGGAGUCGUGGCCCUGAUUGCGCAGACGUAUCUAACUGUGAUGUCUCUGCCGGCGAUUCGAAACCGUUACUAUGAAUUCUUCAAGUCCACCCAUAUUCUCGUCGCCGUGGUCUUCGUGGUAUUCUUCUUCCUCCACUGCGACUUCCGCCUCUCCUCUUGGGACUACUUCAUCGUCUGUGGUGCCAUCUACCUGGCCAGUCUGUUCGCGGGACUUGUGCGCACGUAUCUCCUCCACGGCAUGCACACAGCAACCAUCGAGGUCCUGCCCAGUGGUCUGGUCCGCGUCGCCGUACAAACCAUCAUCAAGUGGACGCCCGGCCAGCAUUUCUUCGUGCGAUUCCUCACCCGGGACCUGCACCUCCUGACGGCACACCCGUUCACCAUCUCCUCCGCAUGCCGCGACCCCGACCGCACGGGGCAGGCAUCGGAACUCGUCUUCUACAUCAAGCCGCGGGGCGGCGUGACGAGACGACUCGCCGCACUUGCCGCCAAAAACCCCGGCGGCUCGAAACGAAUCCUCCUCGAGGGGCCCUACGGCGGCGUCAGCGCGCCACACAUGAACAGCUUCGACACGAUUCUCGUGAUUGCCGGCGGGUCCGGCGGCGGAUUUUCUCUCGCCAUGGUCGACGAGGCCCUGCGCGUCACAGCGCUGGCCGCAUCCGCCGCCCGCGACGGCCGCGACUGUCGCCGCAGUCUGCAAGUAGUCUUCGCCACGCGCGACUCAGCCAUGGCCGACUGGUACGUCGAGGAGAUCGAAUCCCGGCUCUCGCGCUCGACCACGCUGGGCUGCGACCCGGAGUGCGGCUUCGAAACCGCCGUAUCGGUGCACAUCACCUCGCACCGCAAUUCGGGGCUGUCGUCGUCAUCCGAGUCCAGCGCCGACGUCAAGGGCACGGCGGGCAAACUGCCCCCGACCGAGAUCACCACGACCGGCAGCUUCAGUCUGAAUGUCCACCGCAAUGCCCGUCCGGAUAUCCCCGGUCUGGUUGCGCGCACCGUCGCCUCGGCGCACACGCACGGCACGCAUGUGCAGAAGAAACAGCGCGUCGGGGUGUUGGUCUGUGGGCCGGCGUCCAUGCUGCACGAUACCCGCAAUGCGGCGGCGAUUGCGCAGAAGAGGGCGCUUGGCGGCGAGGUCGAGGAGCUAUAUUUGCACUCGGAGCCGUUUGCGUGGUAG